AUGCUACCUAUCCUAUUCUCCAAGUUAUCAUACAGCCUUGUUGCAGAAAAGAUUGAUAACUACCAAUAUAAAAUUAAGGACACAUUUAAUGGAGAAGAAAUAGACCUUUCCGAGGUUAUUGAAACAAAAAUUGCUCCUGAUAAUGUUGAUACAAGGAAUCAAAAUAUUGUCAAGGAUGUAAAAGGCUAUCCUAAUCUAGAAUAUUCGUUGGAUAUACAAAAUUCUCCAAAGGGCGAUUAUGUAGUUUUUCAUCAAACACUUAAAAACACAGGAACAGAAAGAGCAAGAUUCGAUCUUUGCACGCUUAUCAAAUUCAACAUUAGAAGCUACGGAUCAUUUGCACAAUAUGUAUAUGAAAAAGAUUUGGGCUAUAGAUUCAAAAUGCCAUAUGGCCAAUCAUAUACAUGGGUUCUUUUCAAUCAUCCAAAUGCUACAAAUGCAGGAGAAGUUGAAUUUGGUAAAUCAGUAACACCAACUUAUUUCGGAGCAGAAACAUACUUUGAAAAAGUAUGCUAUUGGAUGUCAACUUCAUGGACACAUAAUACACUCGAAGCAGGCGAAUCUGGAACUAUCUCAUAUAUGGUAGUGAAAGACUAUUAUUCACCACCACGUUUCUAG